AAAGAUAAUGAAACACCCUAUGAGCAAUGCAAACGCAUGCUCCUUGAGGCACUCGACAACAAUGAUCCACGCGAGUAUAGGCAUACUCUGCUAACCCAGAAGGGCAGGUGGACGGAAGGGACGUGUGAAUGGAUGCUCCGCAGCCCAUUGUACUCUCAGUGGCUCAACAGACCUUUGCAGUUGCUCUGGAUUACUGGACCGCCCGGAAUGGGAAAGACAAUGCUUGCUCUCUAUCUCAUUGCUGACCGAGACGAGAUAAGUCGGAAAAAUUCCCUUACCCUAAAGCUGAUAUAUUUCUUCUGUAGCGCCUACAACGGGAGGAAUACGGGUUCAUACAUCCUCUGGGGCCUCAUAUACCAGCUACUGGAUGACUCUGAGGAUCUAUUCCGCCAUAUUCGGAAGCCAUUUGCGAGACACAAAAAGGCCCUUUUCAGACACGAGCGAUUCGAGACUCUGUGGGAUGUAUUCGAAAACAUGAUCCGCGAUGAAAUGCUUGAGUCCGUAACUUGCAUACUGGAUGGGCUCAACGAGUGCCGUGGGGAUUCACUGAUGCCUUUGCUUAGCAAACUCCGCGGACUGUUCAGCUUUAACAGAACCUCUCACUCUGAAAAUCGUCAGCCGCGCGUUAAGAUGAUUAUCACUAGCAGGAAAGACCCAAAGGUUCUGGAGGAUAUCCUUGGCGAAUUUCCACGGUUGAGGCUAGAACUUACGUUUCAGGAUGACCGUACGAUAGACAUUGAAAGCUACAUUGAUUCUCGCAUGAAUGAAUUGGCAUGCUCGGAACGAAAGAAACCUCACCUAAAGGAGCUUCGGCAGAAUAUAAAGCGCCGGCUUGUCGAAUGUUCCGGUGGUACCUACCUCUGGGUAAAUUUCGCCAUAAAUUCUUUGAAGAGCCGCAUAUGUCCCGAGCUGGAAAAUGCUGUCAAUGAAUUCCCCGAAGGGCUUGAUGCUAUGUACGGAAGAAUGCUUCUGUCUGUUUCCGCAACGAAGAAAGAUAUCGUGUGUAGGAUGUUGCGAUGGGUCGUGACCGCUUACAGACCCCUCACCCCGGAGGAGCUAGGCACAGCAUUAAGCACCCCAAAAGCUGUUGGGCAAGAUUUGGGCGAUGCAGUUGCGGAUUACGUCCAUUCUUGCUUUGACCUUCUUGUGAUAAUCGAUCAGAAACUUAGCGAGCCAUUAUCAAGGAGCGUCGUCCCGGUACAUGCAUCCUGGACAGACUUUCUCUUACACCUCAAUGAGAAUCCAGAACUCCGUCAGUUCCACAUGGAGCCAUCCGAAAAUCACAGGAUACUGGCUCAGCGGAUUCUCGAUUACUCCUACGAGUUUCUGAAGGAGCAUCCCCGCAUUCCCAUCACCGGCCAUGAUGAAGUCAGGAACUACUUUGCAGAAGUGAGCAACCAACCUCUUCUGGAAUACUCGUGUCGCAACUCGCUGCGCCAUCUCAACGAUAGUGGAGUAGCGUUUCUGGAGUUUUCGCACCCUCUACUAGAUGCUGGAAGCCACCUUCACCAAGUUUGGCUUCGGUGGCAAGCACGGAUCUGUGGAGAUCUUUGGCUUUCGCGAGACAUAGGUCUCGUUCAUCUUGCGGCGCUCCUAGGACAACUUGAAAUUGUCAGGUUCUGUAUCGAGACAUCCCAUGUUGACGUGAGAGACCAGUAUCAACUUACACCGUUAUUCUAUGCCGUUUUCUCCGGAUGCAGUUCCAUGGUCUCCUAUCUUCUGGAGCGCGGAGCUGACCCUGAUGCGAAAGACUGU